AUGGGUCAUGCAAGCAAUCGAAACAGUGCGGAACAAACGGAUAGAUCCCUAACAAUUCUCAAUCAGAGACGGGCGGAACUGAUUAUAGCUGUAACGUCCAUCAAGGUCAAUCUGAAAUCCUUUUUAGAAUCGUUCCGGUCAUGCUGUCAUACUAUCAAGAGCCGUGAAGGAAAGGACCAUGAACCUAUCGCCGUUAAGACACGCCUAGGCUGGAUCGUCUUUGGAAAUAGCACCAGCCAGGAGAAUGCUGAACGGCAUGUGAACUACCACAGCACGCAAGUAUGCGAAUGUAACCGAGAUUCAGACGAAGACCUUCAUAAAGGUGUUGAGGCUUACUUCUCGCUCGAUAGCCUCGGUGUCAUAAAAUCGGACAAGGUGUUGGUUUCGCAGCAGGAUCAACGAGCACAAAUGCUCUUAGAAACACUUACUCGAUGCAUAGAUGACCGAUACGAAUCAGGCCUUCUUUGGAAGUACGAGGAUGUCCGACUCCCGGAUAGCAAAGCAAUGGCACUGAGGCGGUGGAAGUAUUUAAAAAAUCGCUUGAACAAAGACCCCGUGUUAUCCGAAGCAUUAAAUGCGAAAAUCACCGAUCACAUUAGCAAGGGCUACAUAAGGAAGUUAACAGUGGAAGAGCAACAAAAUCCACGUUCCCGCGUGUGGUAUCUUCCUAUUUUUCCGGUGGUCAACCCAAACAAACCGGGCAAGAUGAGACUCGUGUGGGAUGCCGCAGCCACUGCCCACGGAGUGUCACUCAAUACCUUUUUGCUGAAAGGACCUGAUCAGCUGGUAUCUAUUCUAUCCGUGCUGCUACAGUUCCGAGAGUUUCGCGUAGCAGUGUGUGGGGAUCUCCGCGAGAUGCUCCAUCAGGUAAUGAUACAUGAAACCGACCAACACUGCCAGCGCUUCUUCUGGAUGGACGACAACCAAGCGACGGAGCCGAGUAUCUACGUAGUUCAAGUGAUGACCUUUGGUGCUUCCUGCUCGCUUAGCAUAGCACAAUACGUGAAGAAUUCUAACGCUAAACGGUUCGAGCAAGAUUACCCGGAAGCUGUGAACGCUAUCGUCAAACGGCACUACGUGGACGAUAUGCUCGUGAGCGUAGAAUCCGAAGAGGAAGCAAUCCAGCUUGUAAAGGACGUGAAACAGAUCCACGCAUCGGUCGGUUUCGAAAUGCGGAACUGGAUAUCGAACUCUCGUAACGUCCUGGAAGCGGUUAAUGAGGAUACGACGAAGGAGAAAAAUCUCGACAUCGGCGAGGAAAGUAUCUCUGAAAAGGUGCUAGGCAUGUGGUGGGAUACGAUGAAAGACUGUUUCACCUACAAGGUCUCCACACGAUAUGACGAAGAACUCAUCUCAGGGAAUCGUCGUCCAACGAAAAGAGAAGUUCUAUGUACGCUAAUGAUGGUGUACGACCCAUUAGGACUCAUCGCACACGUUAUGAUGUUUUUGAAAGUGCUACUUCAGGAGGUCUGGCGAACAUCAGUAGGCUGGGAUGACCCGAUUGAAGAUCCGCAGUAUGAGAAAUGGUUGGCAUGGCUUGCGAUCUUCCCGCAGAUAGCAACAAUUGAAAUCCCACGCUGCUAUCGAACUCUAACACCCAGUGAAAUAGCUACCGUAGUACAAAUGCAUACUUUCGUCGAUGCAAGCGAAAAUGGAUUUGCUGCAGCAGUGUAUCAUCGGUUCGAGAACGCUGAUACUGUUGAAUGCGCAUUGGUUAGCGCGAAAACAAGAGUUGCGCCGCUUAAUUUCUUGUCGAUUCCUCGGUCCGAGCUUCAAGCUGCAGUAAUCGGCGUGCGAUUAGCUGAUACAAUAUCAAAAUCACUUUCAAUCCACGUCAGUCAGCGGAUGUUUUGGACGGAUUCCAAAGAUGUACUCUGUUGGCUCCACUCCGAUCACAGACGAUACAACCAAUUUGUCGCAUUCCGUGUCAGCGAAAUCCUUGAGACGACGGAUGUUUUUGAGUGGCGAUGGGUACCGACGAAACAUAAUGUCGCUGACGAAGGAACGAAGUGGAAACGAGCCCUGAACUUAGCCAGUGACAGCCGCUGGUUUCGUGGGCCAAAGUUCCUAGUCCUCGACGAAGAAAACUGGUCCGUGAAUCCGUUUCCUGGAGGAAUUACCGAGAAAGAGCUUCGACCACAUCUACUCCUCCACACAAAACCUAUUGAUCCGGUAAUUGAUCCACACGACUUCUCAGAAUGGACCGACCUGCUACGUGUGACUGCGUACGCUCUGCGAUACAUGAACAAUCUGAAGCGCAACUGUCAUGGAAAACCGCGAGUGUCUGGACCACUAACAAGAAAGGAUUACGUCGACGCAGAAAACCAUCUGUUCCGCCGUGCUCAGUCCACCGCUUUCUCAGACGAGAUAGCUAUCCUCUUGAAGAACCGUUCGUUGACGAACCCAGUUAAAACGAUUUCCAAAUCUAGCUUGCUAUAUCAAUGGUGUGCCUUUCUGGACGAAAACGUCGUGCUUCGUGUAAACGGUCGAACCAAAGCAUGUGUAUUCAUCGAUCGCAACGCAGCCGAACCAAUAAUUCUACCCCGUGAUCAUCCUGUAACGCGCCUCAUCAUUUCUGAUGUUCACGAGCGGUUCAAUCACCAGAAUCACGAAACAGUUGUGAACGAGAUACUACAUCGCCACCGUAUUCCUCGUUUGAAAGCAGCGUUCAACAAGAUCCGGAAAGACUGUCAAAAAUGCAAAAUAAUGUAUGCCAAACCACAGCCUCCCGCAAGGGGUGACCUUCCUCCAGCCCGCCUAAUCGCCUUUACUCGCCCUUUCACCCACAUGGGAGUGGACUACUUCGGUCCGAUGUUGGUGUCGGUUGGAAGACGCACUGAGAAACGGUGGGGGGUUCUCGCCACAUGCUUAACCACUCGCGCCAUCCACUUGCAGAUCGCUCACACACUGACCACAGAUUCCUGCAUAAUGGCCAUCCGAAACAUCAUGGCCAGAAGGGGUGUUCCUGCAAUGAUCUACAGCGACCGUGGAACCAAUUUCCGAGCUGCGAGCAAGGAGUUGCAAAGCGUAACAAAACUGAACCACGAUGCCCUUAUGAAAGAAUUUACAUCGAGCCGCACUGAGUGGUCCUUCAACCCGCCUGUCACGCCCCACAUGGGUGGAGCGUGGGAGCGUUUGAUCCGGAGUGUCAAACAGAACCUGGAACGAUUACAGCCAAGCAGGCUUCCGACCCAUGAAACACUGGAGAAUACGUUGAUAGAGAUCGAGAACAUUAUCAACUCUCGUACUCUAACUAACAUUCCCGUUGAUGGCGACGAUUCCCUGGUGUUGACUCCCAAUCAUUUUCUGGUGGGGUCAGCCAACGGCCUGAGAUCGUGCGUCCCUCUGGACGACAGUGGGUCAUUGCUUAAGAACAGUUGGAAGCAGUCGCAGAUGAUGGCGGACGCCUUCUGGAAGCUAUGGGUUCGGGACUAUUUACCUACGAUUACUCGUAGAACUAAAUGGUUCGACGCGGUGAAGCCGAUAACAGUUGGAGAUUUGGUCAUCAUCGUGGAUUCGAAGCUACCCCGAAAUAGUUGGCCGAAAGGCCGAGUGAUAGCCACAUGUCCAGCUAGGGAUGGUCAAGUAAGAUGGGCAACCGUGCAGACCGCAUCUGGAGGUGUUUACGAGCGACCAGCAGUGUCCUUAGCUGUACUCGACGUAGGCGUUGAGACGAAUACGCUUCAACUGAAGCCUUCGCGCAUUCCGGGGGAGAGUGUUGGUUGCGCUCCGUCGAUAAGUUCAGCAUCUGUUCCGACUGUCAAUCUAUCAACUGACGGUUGA